AUGCUGGUCUCCAUGGCGCAACGAAUGCCAAAUUUCACCCUGGAGCAAAAGCUCUACUUGAUCCAGCGUAUUCAGGGAGUGGUGGACACGGUUCAGGACUUUCGAAAGGACACCAAUACCACAGUACAGCGCAACGCUGUUUGGGAACAGCUGGUGCAGGCCUUCAAUGCUGCCUUCCCCGACCGGCCUCCCAGCACCACGGGUACCCUGAAGACCCUGUGGAAACGGCUGAAGGUCGAAUGUCGUGCGGCGUUACACCGCCGUCAGGAGCAGCAGGCGGCUGGACUUCCACUCACUUCACUCACACAGGUCCAAAGAGAAGUCAUGGUGCUCGUUCCCAACCUGAUCUCCAACCAGGAAGAUCCAGACGGGGACUGUGGAUACGCAUCGCUUCGAACCGGCUCACCUUUGCCAGUACCUGGAGCGACGGGGACAAGCAGUAGUGAGCAGGAGGAUACAGAGCACCCUCCGAAUGAUGAAGUGGACAGCAAAGAGCAGGUCGCAGCUAAACUAGGUCUGUCCGCGUCCACCGAGUCACUGGAUUCUGGGAAACCGACCGGUCCGGCCUCUUCGCUUCCCAGCGUCCAGUUCAGGUCCCAUUCCGUCACUUCCACGUCCUCUGUUCCCCGAACUGUCCCUUUGUACAUUAACCAAACGGGGAUCUCGUCGCAAGGCUUCGCCCAGGAGCCCCAGCGUCGGGCGCCCGCCCGCGCCCGCCACUCCGUUUUGGGGGAGGACUCGUGGCCGGACGGACGGGCGCCCGAGCCCCACGGUUCGGACCCCCGGCGGCAGGAGCGGUACGCGUUGGAGCACGAGCAGACGAUGCGUUUGCUGCUCCUGCAGCAGACUGUGUGGGAGGAGAAGAGAAAAGCGGCCAGGCAGAAGGAGAAAGCGGCGCGGGCGAAGAAGAGGUACUACCAGGCCAAACUGAAGAGGAUGGGGGCUGAGGUCCGGCCAUCCAGCAGUGACAGUGAAGACUGA